AUGUCUUCGCCUACGAUCAGUUUUGGGUCGCCCACAGAACGGGAGAAAACAGAGCUGUCUCGCUAUUUGAAGACAGAAUGUGGUCCCAUGUUAAAAGAUGCCAUAAGUUGCGUAAAACAAUCACAUAACCAAGUAAAAGGCAUCGACUGUCACCAGCUAAUUAAGGCGUAUUUGGACUGCUGCUCUGCAACACCGGCAGCGUGCGCCGAACGGUUUGGAGACCCGGAUCACAACCCAUUCCACACAGAAGAAGAGCAGUAG